UCAAGGGGCAGGGGCUCUAUAAGAAGAGGCGCUUACUUUAAUGUGAGAGAAGAGCACACAAGCAUCUCGACGAAAUCAGCGCUGAUACACAGACACCUGACAGUCUCAGAGACACACAGACGAAGGCUAGGACCACUGAGAAGAUGGCAGUUCCUGUGAAAAUUAUGUGUAUCCUGAUGCUGCUACUGCACAAGAGUAGUCAACAAGAAGUGUUUAAUGAUGGGAAAACACCCAAUCUCCCUGCAAAUUAUUCAGUUGGCUGGAUGAAAACUCUGGAAGAUGAAAAGUUAAUAUCCACCAUCACCAUUCCUGGUACCCAUGAAUCCUUGGCUCUUUAUGGAGGACCACCAGCAGAAUGUCAGGCAUGGUCACUAGAGAACCAGUUAAUGGCCGGGAUACGAUACUUCGACUUGAGAGUGUCUGGGAAAAACUUGAAAAUUAAGCAUGGAUGGAUUGACCAAAAAACAACUUUCCCCGAUGCUCUCGAAACAAUUCGAAAAUUUUUAUCUAAGUAUAAAACUGAGACCGUGUUGGUCAGAGUGAAGCCUGUUGACCCUGAGUUAAGCAAAGUUCCCAGUUUAGUUGAAAACAAGAUCAGAAAUGCUAAAGAUAUCUGGGUUAAGAAGUCAGUUCCAAGGAUUGGUGAAGUAAGAGGAAAGAUUGUUUUUGUUCAGAAAGAAAGCUUUAAGCUAGGCAUUCUUUUGUCUGAAACUGACAAAAAAGGAGACUAUAAAGUAACUAAUGUUAAAGACAAAGAGGAAAAGAUUAAAAAGCAUCUGGAAGAAGCUGCCAAUCUAUGUAGAACAGGUUCUGCUCUGAGUCUGAGCUACUCGAGUGGCACGAGCUUAGGUACAUAUAUGUUGAUUCGUUUUUUGCCAAAUGCAUUGGCAAAGCAAAUCAAUCCUUGGUUGUAUGAUCAUCUUGAAAAGGAAUUUAAAAAGAAACCUAAGCCUUGUUUUGGGAUCAUAGCCAUGGACUUUCCAGGUAUUGACUUGAUUCAAAAGGUCAUCAAAUUCCAUAGGCUUACCUAAGAUUUUUCAGUCUUUACUUUUUCCCAUGGGUUUAUCAGGAAAUUAAUGUUCUUGUUGCUUUCAUCAGAUAAUUGAGAAUGUUUAAACUUACAGAUUAUAUAAUCAAUAUUUCAGGUGUGUUAUGUUAUUUCAAUAAUAAGAAUUCAUUGUUGUCUCAUGGGUUUGGAACAACAUUAGUGUGAGUAAAUGAUGACAAAAGUUUCAUUUCUGGGUAAAAAAGGUUUAAUUCAUGGGAAAACCAUCUAUGGCUCAACAAUUGCCAGAAGUUUCAAUUUUGAUUAAUUGGUGAUUAAUUUUUAUUUUCAGUAAUGAAUUUUAAUAAUGGCUAGAAAUAUUUUUAUAUUUUUUAAAGUAUGAUCUAAUUAAAUGUUACAUUUGCUAAAUAUUUUAUUCAUAUUGUUUUCUUCACACAAGUUGCAACAGGCUGGAAAUAUAAUGUCCAUAAAUGUAUAAACACAGAUUUGCUGGAAAAUAAUGGAAUAAAAUGUCAAUUACUAA